AUGGCCGAUGAUAUCAUUUUUUGGUCUCCAAAGCAAAACCUUUCGUACAAUUACUUUGAAUUAAAUGAAACAGACAAUUUAUUUAUUGAUAGUCCAUCUGGAGCAAUUCUUAAUAAUUGUAACAUAUCAAAGUCAAAAAUUAAUUCAGCGGGAUUAGAAUUGCUUUUUAACUAUAGUUAUUUUGUGGAAACGAUCUUUAACAUUCAAUAUGAUCCUUUUACAAUACUUGCUAUAGAUAAUUCAUAUUUCAUCAAUUGUUACAUUGAAUCAUUGUCUGUUGAUUUCAUAUGUCAUAGCUAUUAUAAGAAUUCAACUAUUAUCAAUAUCACAGGAUAUAUUGAAAACGUUUUUACAGACAAAUCAACAUCUGUGAAUAAUUGUACAUUUAUUCAAGAAAUACCUUAUCCAGAUGUUGAGCCAAUUCUUUGUCAAUCAAUUCCUUUAGAAAAAAAUUACACAAAUCAUGAGAAAAACUCAUCAAUAAAAUACACUUUCAUCGAUGAAAAAAUCGAAAUUACAUAUUGUAAAUUUAUUAAUGUUAGUAUUACUAAUGAUGAAGGUGCUGCAAUCAACAUCAUACAUCCUGCAUAUCAAUAUUUUGUUGCAAGUCCAUUCAUCAAGAUCGAUAACAUUUUCUUUUGGAAAUGUCAAUCAGAAUUGAAGCCAGGAGCUAUUUGUAUUGAUUAUUCCAAUGCUCAUAUCGAAAUUAGUCAUAUUUGUGGCAUCGAAGUUAGCGGAUUUUUAUUUGAAUUUUGUUAUAUAGAUACAAAUACUUAUGUUUCGUUUAACACUAGUACUACAUAUUCUAAUCAAAAUUUAGGAAAAGUUAUGACCUAUGAUAUCUAUGAUAUCAAUGGAUAUUACAACAAGAAUAAUAAUGAAAUUUAUGAGUUAACUUCAGUAAUUAGAGGAAUCAAUUCAUCUAAAUGCUCAACAAAUGCUUGUAUAUUCGAUCUUUCCAAUUCGACAAUGAAAUUUUGUCAAGAAUUUUCGAUGAUUACAUCAUUUUUUGUUGGGUUUGAAUUCGUGACAAUUGAUUAUUAUAAUUAUAUAAACUCCACUAUUGUCAAUCAAACAAUAUUUGUAUUUUUUAGUUAUAAGACUAAUAAUGUAGAAUUUACACAUUGUGUGUUUAUUGGUACGCCUUUAAUAGAAUUUUACAAGGAUUUCGUUGAUACUAAUAAUAUUUCAUUCAUUGAUUGCAAUAGUACAACAUUGAAUAAUCUUGAAUCACAUUUUCUGCCUGCAUGCCGAACUCCUUAUUAUUCUUCUAAGAAUUACAAAAUGAUUAUAUACUAUUCAGUCUCUGCAGCUCUAUUUGUAUUAAUUGUUGCAAUUGUUGGAGUAGCCUAUUUUUGGAGCAGAAAGAAAAAUUCGAAAGUUGAGGAAAGAUUAGAACUGGAAAGAGAACUUGCUACAGAUAAGGGUUUCGUUUUGCGAAAAAAACGUACAAUACGCAAUUUCGCUAAAAAAACAUUUAGCUAG